CUUGCUUGAAAAUAUUGUGUUCAAAAAUUAAAUGUUACACUUCCGAAAUUUACCUACAAUAUAUAAAAAUGAUAUGGAAAACUAUUAAAUCCGUCGUUUUGAAAAAGCUACUCGUUUUAGAAUGAUAAAUUAGAGUGUAACGAGUAGAAAAAAAAUGAAUCGCAUAUAACCUUAAUUAUUAAUGAGUGCUUAAAAAAAAUAUUUUAUUGAACUAGCCUAAUUGAAUGAAAGAAAAGGGAAAUAUUUAUUGUAAUAAUUGAAUAAUAAUAAAGUAGAUUCAAAUAUAAUAAAAGAGGAAAGAGUUCAUAGUCUAGUAAGGAAGGAACUUUGAAUGCUGCAGCUUAAUUAAUAAUGGUUUCAUUACCUUACUUUUGUUCAAAUUACAAUCGAUAAAGAUAAAUUAUAAAGAAAUGGAAAUAGAUAAUGUGGGCUGUUAGGAUAAUAAUAAGAUACAAAAAUUUAUUGAGCAACAUGCAGUUCUUUUAACUUCUCAAUAGAUUACCAAGAAGGCGUAAGGUAUCAUCACCAACAUCAGUUUAACGUAGCCCAAGAAAAAGAAGGUUAGGAGUUUAAUCAGUCGAAAAUAAUUUUACUCUUGCUACUAAAGGUUAUGGAGAUGAAACCAAUUCAAGCAAAACAUCAAGGAAAUUAAAAAAUUAAUUGCAAGAUAAUUACCUGAAAUCUACCUACUAUUAGGAUUUCAAAUAAAAAGAUUCAAGAUUAGCAAGAUUAAGAACAAAUAGUUUAAACUAAUUACAAAUUUCUUAAUAAAGUUAACAAAUAUCAACUUCCAGGACUUUCUCAGUGAUGAUUAGAAAGUUCAGAUUGAAAAAAUUAUGA